UUCUCUGGGGACCGGAAGUCGCUACCAAAGCCAUUGGAGGGCGCGGGGACUGAGACCCUAACAAGAUCCCAAAUGGCACAGUGGGAGAUGCUGCAGAAUCUUGACAGCCCAUUUCAGGACCAGCUACACCAGCUCUACUCACAUAGCCUCCUGCCAGUGGACAUUCGACAGUACUUGGCCGUCUGGAUUGAAGACCAGAACUGGCAGGAAGCUGUACUGGGCAAUGAUGAUUCCAAGGCUAACAUGCUAUUCUUCCACUUCUUGGACCAACUGAACUAUGAGUGUGGCCGCUGCAGCCAGGACCGUGAGCUCUUGUUGCUACAUCAUAACUUGCGAAAAUUCUACCGGGACAUUCAGGCCUUUUCCCAGGGCCCUACCCAAUUGGCUGAGAUGAUGUUUAAUCUCCUUCUGGAUGAAAAAAGAAUUCUGAUUCAGGCUCAGAGGGCUCAACUGGAACAAAGCAACCCAGUUCUUGAAGCACCUAUGCAAAGCCAGCAGCAUGAGAUUGAAUCCCGGAUCCUGGAUUUAAGGGCUAUGAUGGAGAAGCUGGUGAAAUCCAUCAGCGAACUGAAAGACCAACAGGAUGUCUUCUCUUUCCGAUAUAAGACUCAGAUCAAAGGGGAGACAUCUUCUUUGGACCCCCAUCAGACCAGACAGCAGCAGCGUCUGCAAGAAACUCUCAAUGAACUGGACAAAAAGAGAAAGGAGGUCCUGGAUGCCUCCAAAGCACUGCUAGGCCGGUCAACUACCCUAAUUGAGCUACUGCUGCCAAAGUUGGAGGAGUGGAAAGUCCAGCAGCAAAAAGCCUGCAUUGGAGCCCCCCCAGACAACAGAUUGGAACAGCUAGAGAAAUGGUUCACAGCUGGAGCAAAGCUGUUAUUUCACCUGCGGCAGCUGCUGAAGGAACUGAAGGGAUUGAGUAACCUGGUUAGCUACAAAGGUGACCCUCUGACCAAGGUGGACCUGCUGAAGGCCCAGGUCACAGAGUUGCUACAGCGUCUGCUACACAGAGCCUUUGUGGUAGAAAAUCAGCCCUGCAUGCCUCAAACUCCCCAUCGACCCCUCAUCAUCAAGACUGGGAUCAAGUUCACCGUGCGAACAAGGCUGCUGGUGAGACUCCAGGAAGGCAAUGAGUCACUGACUGUGGAAGUCUCUGUUGACAGGAAUCCUCCUCAAUUACAAGGCUUCCGGAAAUUCAACAUUCUGACCUCAAACAAGAAAACUUUGACCCCUGAGAAGGGGCAGAGUCAGGGCUUAAUUUGGGACUUUGGCUAUCUGACUCUGGUGGAGCAACGUUCAGGUGGCUCAGGAAAGGGCAGCAAUAAGGGGCCACUAGGUGUGACAGAGGAACUGCACAUCAUCAGCUUCACGGUCAAAUACACCUACCAGGGUCUGAAGGAGGAGCUGAAAACGGACACCCUCCCUGUGGUAAUUAUUUCUAACAUGAACCAACUCUCGAUUGCCUGGGCCUCCAUUCUCUGGUUCAAUCUGCUCAGCCCAAACCCACAGAACCAGCAGUUCUUCUCCAGCCCUCCCAAGGCCCCCUGGAGCUUGCUGGGCCCUGCUCUCAGUUGGCAGUUCUCCUCCUACAUUGGCCGAGGCCUGAACCCAGAGCAGCUGAGCAUGCUGAGAAACAAGCUGUUCGGGCAGAACUCUAGGACUGAGGAUACAUUGUUGUCCUGGGCUGACUUCACUAAGCGAGAGAGUCCCCCUGGCAAGCUCCCAUUCUGGACAUGGCUGGACAAAAUUCUGGAGCUGGUACAUGACCACCUGAAGGAUCUCUGGAAUGAUGGACGCAUCAUGGGCUUUGUGAGCCGGAGCCAGGAGCGCCGGCUGCUGAAGAAGACCAUCUCUGGCACCUUUCUACUGCGCUUCAGUGAAUCAUCAGAAGGGGGCAUUACCUGCUCCUGGGUGGAGCACCAGGAUGAUGAUAAGGUGCUCAUCUGCUCUGUGCAACCUUACACCAAGGAGGUACUGCAGUCACUCCCACUGACUGAAAUCAUCCGCCACUACCAGCUGCUCACUGAGGAGAAUAUCCCCGAGAACCCACUGCGCUUUCUCUAUCCCCGAAUCCCCCGGGAUGAGGCUUUUGGGUGCUACUACCAGGAGAAAGUUAAUCUCCAGGAACGGAGGAAAUACCUGAAACAUAGGCUCAUUGUGGUCUCUAAUAGACAGGUGGAUGAACUGCAACAACCGAUAGAGCUUCAGCUGGAGCCAGAGCUGGAAUCAUUAGACCAGGAGCCAGGGCUCGUACCAGAGCCAAAGCCAGAGCUAGGGCUAGGCCUGGAGUUAGAGCCACUAUUGAAGGCAGGGCUGCAUCUGGAACCAGCACUAGAACCUGUGCUGGAGCCCAUGCUGGAGCUUACUCUGGAGCCUGUGCUGGAGCCCACUCUGGAGGUUGUGCUGGAGCCCACUCUGGAAUCUCUGCUGGAGCCCACUCUGGAGCUUGUGCUGGAGCCUAAGCUAGAGCCAGUGCCGGAGCCCACACUAUGCUUGGCAUCACAAAGACUACCAGAGCCAAACCUAAUACCUAUAUCACAGCCAGUGCCAGAGCCAGAUUUGCCUCGUGAUCUGAGACACUUGAAUACCGAGGAAAUGGAAAUUUUUAGAAACUGUGUAAAGAUUGAAGAAAUCAUGCCAAAUGGUGACCCACUGUUGGCUGGCCUGAACACCGUGGAUAGAAACUGUAUAAAGAUUGAAGAAAUCAUGCCAAAUGGUGAUCCGCUGUUGGCUGGCCAGAACACCGUGGACGAGGCUUAUGUCUCCCGCCCCAGCCAUUUCUACACUGAUGGACCCUUGAUUCCUUCUGACUACUAGGAACUAUGGUUCCCCUGUUCUUUCCCUAUCUCUUACCCCUCCUACCCCAUGAUGUUGCUCACACAUCAUGAUGUUGCUCUCCACAGUUAGGAAAUCAGGCAUGUGCCCUUUCUAAGCUGGGUUAACCCAGGGAUUUGGGGUGAGAAGUAAAAGCAUAACAUGGGUGUGGAGGGGGCAGCGAUGAAUCAGAAUGGAUGUUGGCAAUAGUUCUAAAUAGGCUUCUGGAGGCUGCCCGAUGUGCUGGGAGGUGCAGGUGUCCUGGGGGCAGGCCAGGACAUUUGGGAGGUACUUGGAGGGCUCAGGGCAGUGGCUUUUUUUCCUGUAUGGAAGGAUUUCAACAUUUUAAUAGCUGGUAAGCCUAAAUUGGUACACACUAGCAUUGACCUUUGGUGGGGAGCACAGAAAUAUGAUAGGAUUCCAUUUCUUUCUUCUAACUCCUUUAUGUCUGAGAUAACUUUUCCUUUUUUCUUCCCUUCACUUCUGACUCAAGUUUUAAAUUUCUUCUUUCCCUGCAGGGCCUGAGAGCUUUCUGCCUCAGCCCACCAUAUGAUGCUCCACCCUGUAGAAAAGGAGAGAAGGCUGAUCCUCUUCUUACCAGUCUCCUCCCUUGCUCUGCCCCUAGGCUGGCCACAACCAUUUCUCCCCAUAAAAUGAUCCUGCCAAUCUAAUGUGCCUGUGAAGCUUUGCCCACUAUAUUAUGCUGCCUAGUCCCCGCUUUCCCAGUGCUUAGGAGACAGAACACUCCUGGAGGUCGGGGAUGGUAGGAUUGCUGGGAAUUCAGGAAUUCCUUUUUAAAGUAUUGGAUAGAAUUUGGUGUUUUUACAGAGGAAGAGAAGCACUGGGUCUUAGCUAUUUCUCUAUUAUGCCAUUAUUCCCUGUCUUUUGUACAAUAUAUUGUUUACCUAAAAGGAAUGUCUCUAUUCCUUGGGUGUAGGCCUGGGCAAAGACCAAGUUCCUGGAACUUAAAACCUUGAAGGUUUGUCACAGGACUCUGGACAAACCUCACACCCUGGCCAUUCCUAGGGAACCCCAGGGGGCAAGUGCUAUGGCUCUAAGAUGUGCUUCUAGUGUAACUUGCCAUAUAAAUGAAAGUGAGUUCCUGCACACGUGGCUGUUUUCUGCCUGGUAUGUCAGAGAAACAGUCCUGUUUAGAAAGGGGCCCUUUCGAGCAGAAAUGGCUAAUAAACUUUUUGCUCACCUGAAA